UGGACAAAGAAGAUUCACCGAGUUGAGGAUAGAAAUGAAUGGCUAAACCCCAUAUCUCUUCAUUGUACCUGGCACGUAUUAUAGUGUGGUGUUCCUUAAAUCAUCUACAGCUAAUUUCAUAAACAGAGAUCGAAUAAUUAUGGAAGGAGAAAGUAGUGUAAAAGUGCCCAGAAUCAAGCUGGGUUCGCAGGGACUGGAAGUUUCUGCUCAGGGAUUGGGGUGCAUGGGCAUGUCGGCAUUUUACGGGCCGCCGAAGCCCGAGACCGAGAUGAUCCAGCUCAUUCACCAUGCCAUCAACGCCGGAAUUACCUUCUUUGAUAGCUCCGACGUCUAUGGACCAUUCACCAAUGAAAUCCUCCUCGGAAAGGCUUUGAAGGAUGGGAUGAGGGAGAAAGCAGAGUUGGCUACGAAAUUCGGGCUUCGGUUUUCGGAUGGGCAAAUGGGUAUACAUGGAGACCCUGCUUAUGUACGGGCUGCCUGUGAGGCCAGCUUGAAGCGGCUUGAUUUUAAUUGCAUUGAUCUUUAUUAUCAACAUCGUGUUGAUACAAGUGUGCCUAUUGAAGUCACGAUGGGAGAACUAAAGAAACUGGUGGAAGAAGGUAAGAUAAAAUAUAUAGGUCUAUCUGAAGCCUCUGCUUCAACCAUCAGAAGAGCGCAUGCUGUUCAUCCAAUUACAGCGGUGCAGUUGGAGUGGUCAUUGUGGAGCAGAGAUUCAGAGGCUGAAAUAAUUCCCACUUGCAGGGAACUUGGCAUUGGAAUGGUGGUAUACAGUCCUCUUGGACAGGGAUUCUUCUCUUCCGGUGCAAAGCUGGUUGAAACUUUGCCUGAAGGAGACUUUCGAAAGUCACAACCGAGAUUCCAACCCGAGAAUCUGAAGCAUAAUAAGAAUUUGUUUGAGAGGGUCAAUGAUAUGGCAAACAAAAAGGGAUGCACCCCAUCACAGCUAGCUUUAGCCUGGGUUCAUCAUCAAGGAAGUGACGUGUGUCCCAUACCCGGUACCACGAAAAUUGAGAAUCUCAAUGAUAACAUCAGAGCAUUGUCUGUAAAACUGACAAAAGAAGACAUGGCUGAGCUCGAAUCCAUUGCUUCAGCUGAUGCAGUGAAGGGUGAUAGAUAUGGAUCUGAAGUUCCUACAUGGAAAAAUGCAGACACACCUCCUUUGUCGACUUGGACAGCAGCCGCAUGAAGAAAAACAGCCUUUUCUGUAUGCUAAUAUUACUUAGUAGACAAUUUGUAAUUGUUCAUUUCACUAUUGAGUUGAAGAUGUCGAAUAAAAUUAACAGUACAUGUUAUAAGCAAGCAGUCAUUGCUAGAAAUUGUGUACGCUUGUCAUAUACUCGGACAAUGAAAUUGCAGGAGAAAUGCAUUACUAG